AUGGAAUUGAGUGCACAGUGGCGCAACGCCGAGGGACGUAGCCAGCAGACAAGAAGUCAGCCCCUGCGCGAGAUCCGCGCGCUCCCUCAUCCGAGGCCCAGCCCGAAGCAGAACCCCAGAACAUCCCGAGUCGAGUCUGGCGAGAUGGUCGGUAGCAGCACCGUUUCAACUCUUCCCAGGAACAUGCCUCAGUCCGGACGAGCUGUUUCGGAGCCAACUGCUGCGGCGGGCACGACGACUCCGUAUUCCGAGCAAAGCCGGAUUGAAGAUGAAGAGCGCAGUGCGGCUGACUUCGCUACGGCUUCGCUGAAGCCUCGGGAUGCCGAAGCAAAUGAUAUGCCUAUAUACACUGGGGAAUCUUUGGGAUUUUGUGCCGUCUUGGAUGUUUUCGCCACACAAGCUGUCCCCAGACAUGUAUUCCGGCCAUCGUCGCAUCCUAGUCUUACCGCUCAGGAUGUCGAGUAUCUGAAGCUUAAGGGAUGCUUGACAUUGCCAUCCAGUGACAUAUGCCGCGAGCUGCUUCGUGCUUAUUUCCACCACGUGCAUCCUAUUCUACCGGUGGUAGAUGCUGCUCAGGUAUUGAAGUUUGAGCAGCAGCAUGACCGACCAGCCGAAUGGAAUCUGCUACUUUUGUGGAGCAUCUUCUUCGUCGCAGUCAAUUUUAUUCCUGCUGAGACUUGCACGGCCGCAGGAUACUCUUCCAGGAAAGAGAUGAAGGAAGCCAUGUACUCCCGUGCAAAGUGUAUGUAUAACAACGGCGCUGACGACAAAAUCACGCAGAUGCAAUCUGCCCUCCUGCUCGGAUUCUGGCACUCGGAGAUGAACAACCACGCCCAGCCCUGGUACUGGACGGGCAUUGCAAUCAACCUCGGUCAGAUCAUGGGUCUCCAUCGCGACCCCGACGCAAUCAGAUUCAAUCCAUCCAUCACCGGCCGUCGACGAGCUUUAUGGCGGCGUCUAUGGUGGUCCUGUUUCUUUCGAGACCGCUGGCUGAGUCUCACCCUCGGACGGCCGUUGAGGAUUAACCUGCUCGAUUGUGAUAUUCCGAUGCCGACAACAGCGGAUGUUCUGAGUGAUCUGUCCGAAGUGUCGCCAUCCGUGGCAAGUCUGUUCAUCCCGGAUGACCUGGCACAAUUGACCGAGUAUUGGAUUCUUCUACUGCGGUUGUCGAAAAUACUGGGGGACGCUCUGACUCUCAGCUAUCAGCCGAGAAGGUCAAACCCUACUACUGAGCAAAUUGAGGCCAUAGAGUCCGAGCUUCUGGCUCUCGAGAUUCCGCACGAAUGUGGCUCUGAGCAGAGCCAGUGGGCAAGGUUUGCCGUGUACCAUUUGCAGUUACAUUAUCAAGCGUUUCUGAUCACAUUCUAUCGCCCUUUCACGAAGCGGCUCCCGGAAGGCGUGCCUUCUAUCAAUCAGACCGCAUAUCAGUCGGCAAUACGUGGCAAAGUAGAGGCUGCUGCACUACAGACGAACCACAUCCUCGAUUCCCUGGCCCGCGAGAAACUUCUCAACUAUGCCGGUCCAAUGACACCACCUCUCCUUGUCCCCGCCAUGCACAUCCACCUGCUCAACUGCAAGUCCGACGAUCCUCUCACGCGGCAGCUCAGUCUCAACAAACUCGACUUUUGCAUGCUGAUACUCAAGGUCAUGCAGGACGUGCACUCGGCCGCGUCGUAUUACCGGGGUAUCUUCUCCGAGGCGAUCCGCCAUAUCUCAUCCACAUCGAGUAAGCCAACCGAACCUGGACCAGUUACGGUCGAGAUGCCGCCGUCUAUCCCAGGCGAACCCACGAUGGAGACGUUGCUCAGCAGUGAUUUUCUCGACGGGCUGAUGGACGAAGCUUCAUUUUUCAAUUUUUGGGAGUCGCUCAGUAAUAUGUGA